GAAUGUCUCUCCAGAUACUUCCAUUUCUUCCUCAAAACAGAAAGUUUUGGUUUUUGGGUUUUUUUUUUUUUCCUUUUUAAAAAUAAAGCUGUUCAUUCUGCAUUUCUGGGAGAACCUUUUUUGAAGGACCAUAGCAAUGAAUGGCUUUGGAGUCCUGCUUCAAAGAAACCAGUUUGUCCUCCUGGUACUAUUUCUUUUGCAAAUUCAGAGUCUGGGUUUGGACAUCGAUAGUCGUUCUACCACAGAAGUCUGUGCCACACACACAAUUUCACCAGGACCCAAAGGAGAUGAUGGUGAAAAAGGAGAUCCAGGAGAGGAGGGAAAGCAUGGCAAAGUGGGGCGCAUGGGGCCCAAAGGAAUUAAAGGAGAAUUGGGUGAUAUAGGAGACCAGGGUAAUAUUGGGAAGACUGGGCCCAUUGGCAAGAAAGGUUGCUGUUUUAAUUCAGGUGAAAAAGGGGAGAAAGGUUUGCUUGGGAUACCUGGAGGAAAAGGGAAAGCAGGUACCGUCUGUGAUUGUGGAAGAUACAGGAAAGUUGUAGGACAACUGGAUAUUAGUGUUGCUCGGCUUAAGACAUCUAUGAAGUUCGUCAAGAAUGUCAUAGCAGGAAUUAGGGAAACUGAAGAGAAAUUCUACUACAUUGUGCAGGAGGAAAAGAACUACAGGGAGUCCCUGACCCACUGCAGGAUUCGGGGUGGAAUGCUAGCCAUGCCUAAGGACGAAGCUGCCAACACGCUUAUUGCUGACUAUGUUGCCAAGAGUGGCUUCUUCCGGGUGUUUAUUGGGGUGAAUGACCUGGAAAGGGAGGGGCAGUACGUGUUCACAGACAAUACGCCACUGCAGAACUAUAGCAACUGGAACAACGGGGAGCCCAGUGACCCCUACGGUCAUGAGGACUGCGUGGAAAUGCUGAGCUCAGGCAGAUGGAAUGACACAGAGUGCCAUCUUACCAUGUACUUCGUCUGUGAGUUUGUCAAGAAGAAAAAGUAACUUUCCACAUGCUACACAUUUUUUAUUUCCCUGUGAUUACCAUUACAAUUACUUUUAUUCGUCUUUUUCUUUCUCAUUACACUAAAUUUAUUCUGGCUCAAGCCAAGAAGGAAAUGCUAAAAUGAGAUUCGCAGUCUCCAUCCCCAUGCUCUUCUGUGUUGAUUUUGACAUUUUUAUACAUGGCAUGUCAUUGAGUCAAUAGCUCACCAGAUUAUAUGGGUCCCACCAAAGAGUUUGAUUAAAUUAAUAAUUGUGCAGAAGCUAGUUGUCUAUGUCACAAAUAAAAUAUUCUCUUGAAAUGUGCUGUGCCACCUCUCCCUAGAAAUCUAACCCAUUUUUUUUUGUAGCCAAGUAGAUAAUUGGACAGUCAUUUGGUGAUAAUCAAGUUGGUUGAUGAUUGGCCUAACUUGAAUUUGCCCAAAGCCAGACAUAGAGGAGGGCCUUCUGUGAAUAAUGCCAAGACAUUAUCUAUUUUAGAAUCCAUGAUGACCAAUUCUUUCACCUACUAUAGCCAUGGUCAUACUUGUAAGAUACCCAUGUUUUCACAGACAUAGAAAUGUUUUAACCUCAAACCUCAAUAUGAGAAAUUUCUGGCUUAAUGUCAUGUUACAUAUGAGGUAGAAUCAUAAAGACCCUUUGGUGCUUCUGACCUACAGUCUCAAGGGUACCAUACCAAGUGUACCCUCAAAAACACCAUAGCAAGUAUACCCUUAUGUGGACCAAACACCAUAGCAAGUAUACCCUUAUGUGUACCAUAGCAAGUAUACCCUUAUGUGGACCUCUUUCUGUGGAUACACACCUUAAUCUCAAGCCCCUGGAUAUAUUAAUCUGAUUUAAGGAAACAGGAAUUCUAGAAAUUGGAAAGAAAGGGAAAUUUAAUUUCCAACAGUAUUAUUUAUAGUCUGCUUAUGAAAUUUUCCCCUGCUAUAACAUUUUCCAUUUUUCUUUGUCUUAGGUUUACCCACAUCAUCUUUCUUCCCCUUAGGCAUGGGAAAUGGGGCAUGAGGUCCUUGGAGAACUCAAAGAACUUCAAGGUUCUAACAUUAUCAAGUCUCUAAGCCCUCUUGUCCUUUCCCUUGAUAGACUAUUUGAAAUUUCACAGGAAGCCCUUUACUCUUUACUCUCUUUAUAAUUAUGUUGUAUAAAAACUCAUACCAGUACCAGCAGUUGCCAU